AUGGAAGAAAAAGAGCUGUACCCCCACAGCAUGUUUGGUUUCAGAGCCAGGCUCUCGACCCAAGAUGUAUUCCUGCAAAUCAGAGAACAGGUACUGAGCAAUAUCCCGCUCAACGGAGAGCACAUCAUCAUGGCACUGGACGUCAAAGGCGCCUUUGACAACGUAAGCCACGAAGCCAUCCUGACAGGAGUAGACAAUCUAAAUUACGGCAUGAAAAUACACAGCUACGUCAAGGCAUUUUUGACCAACAGAACAGCAACAAUCGGCCUCGGCGAGCUGAGAUCCGAAAAGUUCAACACCCCAAAGAAAGGCACACCGCAGGGAUCGGUCAUCUCACCCAUCCUGUUCAACGUUGCCAUGAUUGGACUGGCCCAACAACUAGACCAAAUCGACGGCGUACGCCACGCCAUGUACGCCGACGAUAUCACUGUAUGGGUCACCAAAGGCUCACUCAGGCAAAAGGAAGAAAGCUUACAAGAAGCUGCGACAUGCGUAGAGGAAUAUGUCAAGGCAAGAGGUCUAGCCUGCUCAACGGAGUAG